AUGACUCUGCACUUGUGUUCUUUGCUUGUCUUCUCCCUCCCUCAAGCACUUCAAAGCAGCACAAUUGACAGCAUAACUGCAUCAAGUCCACUGGUUCAGAACCAAACCCUUGUCUCUAGUAGUCAAAUCUUUGAGCUCGGGUUCUUCACGCCUAAAGGAUCAGCAAAGCAGUACGUAGGAAUAUGGUACAAGAAGAUGACUCCCUCCAGAGUCGUCUGGGUGGCCAACAGGGACAAGCCACUUGGACAUACAGAUCAAUCUGCUAGUUUAACAAUUGGGGAAGAUGGAAAUCUGAAGCUUCUUGAUGGGCGACAAAACACUGUGUGGUCUACUAAUGUCAUGGCAAAGUCGAAUUAUUCUGAAGCACUGCUUUCAGACUUUGGAAACUUUGUUCUUCAAGACAGGAACGAGAAUAUAAUGUGGGAAAGCUUUGAUGAGCCAACCGACACUCUCUUGCCAAACAUGAAGAUUGGAGUAAAUGUGAAAAAAGGAAAGAAACUAAACUUGACUUCCUGGAAAGGCGAAGAUGAUCCCUCACUCGGAAGCUUUGUCAUGGGAGUGACAUCGGAGACACCACCUCAGCUUUUCACUUGGAAUGGAUCAAGUCCUUACUGGAGAAGUGGACAGUGGGAUAAAACCAAGUUCAUCGGAAUACCGAACAUGACCAACACAUACUACGAUCUCCAACAAGAUAAUGUCCAGGGAACCUCAUAUUAUUACCUCAAUAAUUACAACAACUCCAUCUUUGGAUAUACUUUCAUCUCUUCUCAAGGAUCUGUAAAGUCAGUUUGUUGGACCAAUGGCUGGUUAACAUACUGGAAGGCACCGGCACCAACGAACCCUUGUGAAAUUUAUGGAAUAUGUGGCCCCUUUGGAGUUUGCAACCCGUUUAGUUCACCCAUGUGCAGAUGCUUAAAAGGUUUUAAACCUAGAUCAGAUGAAGAAUGGAACAGAGGAAACUGGACCAGAGGGUGCCUUAGGAAAAUGGAAUUGAAUUGUCAGAAAUCUGCAAGCGCAGCAACUUCAACAACUGUGGAAAAAGAUAUGUUCUGGCAAAUGAGACAAAUAAAAUUGCCUGAUUCCGCUGAUCAUUUGUUGAUAGAUAAUGUGGAAGGAUGUCAAAGUUGGUGCCUAGAAAACUGCUCGUGCUUGGCCUUUUCUUAUGUGAAUGCUAUAGGAUGUAUGGCUUGGAGUAAAGACCUUCUAGAUACUCAGCAAUUCUCCAUGGGUGGCGAAGAUCUAUUUAUUCGACUUGCGGAUGCGAGUGCGGGUGCGGAUACAGGCUGA